GGUGAUGGCUCAAUCCGUAAAUAAAGAGUGCAAAAAUGACUGAAAAAUACAUUUAAAACAAUGCACAAACGACGCUAGUCGGACGCUUGCUGCAAAAUCAGUCAAUGUUUCGCGGAGUGGCAGCGCUUCAGUGUAUCGAUUUUGCGUCCGGCAAUCGUAAAGUAACUUCCUUGCUCUCUCGGCCGUGCACUUUCGGUGGCGACUGCGGUUAAGGAUUCGGUCGUAAAAAAUAAAGUGAUCAAAACGCGUCCGUGGUUCGUGCGCGCACCUUUCCAGUGUAAAACGAUUAGCCCGCGUUUAGCUGUGUAAUAUUCAUAUAGGAUAGUGUGAAACGUUCGAAGGCAAUGUUACAUGUUCUUUUGGAAAGAGUGUAAACUUUCCUGCUCCAUGGAACGUAGUUCGUGCGAAAAAAAGAAUUGCCAGUCAUAUAACACUGUCCUCGCCAGCGAAUGUAAGUGCUGAAUACUGUUUCACGGGUGUGUGAGUGUUUUUGACGUGCGGAAAUGCGUUUAUGAGUAUGUGUGUGUGUGUGUAUGUGGCAACAACGUUGAUCCUUCCAGUUUCCUACUAAUGCCGGUGUGUGUAGUGUAAAAUUAUCGUCCUGGGGGAAAUUAGUAGAGCCAAAUAGUGUUCAGUUUACGUUAUCAAUUGUGAAUUCUGAUAUAAAUGCGGAAAGUGUUUUGAAACCCGUGUAUUUGUUAGCAGAUUUAGAGAAUCUUAGCGGCCAGAAUAUAAAUAAUGUGGAAUAGAAGCAGUAAAUAAGUGCUCAACCUUAUUAUUCAGAUUAAAAUGGUAUUGUUGGCCCAAGGGCCGUGGCCCUUCGAUACUGUUGUGCAACCGCUGAAUACCAGAAAGCUUGGUCAAGAAGCAUCGUACGGUUGCCUUCGUCGCCUUGAUCGUCGUACCUCUUCAUCCGUAGUAUCCGUCGUGGCUACCGGUUGCGAUCGUGGCCAAUCGAUUCGCCGAAAGGUCCCAGCGAAUGCAGGUCAUUUUGACGAGAGUGAGAUCCCGACUGCGUCCUAUCGUGCUCCAUUGCCGCUGUCUGACGUUGCCGUUAGCGUUAACGGAUCUCACCAGUGGCAAGGAUUGUUGAUGGGCCCGCUGGUGGCGGACGCCCCGGACUCCUUUACUGCAUGGAUUCAAUGAAUCGCAACGAGGCGAACAGCAGCAGCCACCACCAAAGCAAGGUGGUCUUAAUGAAUCAAGGAACUGAUAGCAAUAACGAAGGAACUAAUCUUACGAGUACCAGCGGUAGCAGCAGCAGCGGUGGCAGCAGCAGCAGCAGCAGCAGCAGCGGCAACAGCAGCCACAGUAACAGCACACGCGCCAGCAGCAGCAGCAGCAGCAGCAGUAGUGGCAACGGUAGUAGAAGCAACAUUAUUAGUAUAAGCGGUAGCAAGAGCAAUAGCGGCGUCGACUGCGGUGGCGCUUCGUUUAGCGGCAAAAGUAGCCAGCAGCAGCAACAGCAGCGUAAUAUUCAUCAUCAUCAUCAGCUUCAGCACCAGCCAGCCCCAGCGACGGGUGUGAUCGGCCGGGGAAGCAGUAACGUCAUUGUAGGUGGUGGUGGGGUAUCGACCGCCGUUACGGCUUCGGAGGCCCCGUCGUCAGCAGAGACAGCGGUGAGCGAUAUAAAGGAUUCAAACUUUGAUGACGACAACGAGUGGGACGUCGGAAUCGGCGAUCUAAUAAUUGAUCUUGACGCCGAUAUUGAAAAAACUGGUGCAACUCAACAGCAGCAGCUGCAACACCAGCAGCAACAGCAACAGCAACAGCAACAGCAACAGCAACAGCAACAGCAACAGUUGCAGCCAAAUUCGAGCACCAGUGCACUAUCAAACAACAGCCAUCCAUCGGCAUCCGGUGGUGGCGGUGUAUUACCGUAUCUAUCAACCAGUAGUGGCGAACAGUCGUCUUCAGCAUCAGUUGGUGGUAGCCAUAGCAACGCAACACGUGCCAGCAGCAAUACUGCUCUCACUACAAAAAGCACAAAGGUUCCGGCAACAAGUGAUACUGUUGGAGGAGCGGCUGGUUCGGGGAAUAAGCUCGAAGUAGUCGCAGGCGGUGGUACAAGCGGCACCAGUUCCAAAGGUCAUCAUCAUCACCAUCACCACCACCAUCAUCAUCAUCACCAUCAUCAUCGUCAUAAACAACAGUCGGGAGGCGGUGGAACCAGCAACAGCAGCAGUAGUGCGAGUCCAGGAGGAAACAGUGGAGACGGAUCGCAAACCAAAACACGCACCUCAAGCUUUUCGAGUGUACCUAGCACUCCUAGUACAGUAGCAGUUGCACCAAAAGCCGCCACUGCAAACAGUCUCAUUGCUGUCGCAACAGUAACGGGCCCGGGAGUCAAGCCGCACGCUAGUGUGGAUAUCCCGGAUUUCUCGAAUACAACAAGCGGCGGCAUACGAAGUAAAACUAGUAGUAGCAGCAGCAGCAGCAGUACCAGCAGUAGCAGCAGCGGCAGCACCGUUACCGGAACCGGUAGCAGCAACGUCAGUAGCAGCCAUACCACCAUGUCUUCGACUACAAGCAGCUCGGGUAGUAAGUCGACGACCAAGCUGUCCGUUGACCAUCAGGCGACGCUCGACAAGGGGCUUAAAAUGAAAAUCAAACGCACGAAGCCUGGCACGAAAACAUCCGAAGCAAAGCACGAAAUCGUCAAAUCGGACCAAAACGGUACUACGCCGACCACGGCCACACUGAGUACGGGUGGCAGCAUCGCCACGCUAGGUGGCGGUUCGGUCCUAGGAUCGUCUUCCGCACUGACCAGCACAACCGGUGUGACUGGUAUGAGCACUACCACCACACUGGGUGGGUCGAUGGCCGGGAUUGCCGGCGUUGGCGGUUCUACCAGCGCCCUAAGCGCCACCGGUCCAGGAUCACAUUUAACGACUGAUUCCGAUAAUAAUACGGGUAUGGGCGGUGGCGGAUCCGGUGCUGGCAGUGGUGGCGGAAACCUUUCGGCAGGAAACUCCACAUCGGGAGGUAGUCACCAUGGUGGUGGAAGCGGUGCCGGCAUCGGUGGAAUCAAUAGUAGCAACACCAUCAACAGUACGUCAAACGGAAGUGGUGGUAGUAGCACCGGGCUGAGCAACAGCAACAGUAACAGUGGAGCACCGAGUAGCGGGAAUAGCGUCAUGAAUAGCAGUACAGUCGGUGGAAUGAGCAGCAGUUCCGGCAAGAAACACUCUUCACAGUCGACCGGUAGUGGCGUCAACAGUAGUAAUCAGCAACAGCUAGGUUGCUCCAAUAAUCUUACAUCUCAGCAGCAGCAGCAGCAGCAGCAGCAACAUCAGUCCCAUCAGUCGCAGCAUCAGUCCCAUCAGCAGCAACAGCAUCCGUCGCAGCAGCCACCCCAAAGCUCGAAUAAACGCGGCAGCAGUAGCCACCGGAGGGACAAAGGAAAGGACAAGGCCACCCAUCACAACCAGCGCGACAAGAACGAUCAGUCUGCACAGCAGCAGCAUCAGUCACAGGGGGGUGCAGGUUCAGUAGAUGUGGGGACCGGCAUCGGCGGCAGCAGCAGUCGUUCAGCGGCGGGAAGCUGCAGUUGCGUGCAUCACGAUGUACAAGUUAAUGGCAUUCUACAGCAGCAACAGCCCUGCUCGAGCGCGUCGUGCAUAUACGCCAAGACCGGAAGCAACGGAGGUGAUCAUACGGGUUCUGGCAAUAUGGCACUCACUCCAUCACAUCGGUUAGGUCCCGGCGGAGGCAGUCAGGGAAAUGCAAGUGUUGGAACGAGUUCUUCGUCAACGCUCGGAAGUGGCAACAAUAACACACCGAACGCACCAGGUCCACCAAUGGGAAAGGAUGUAAAUAAGAUGUUAAGUAUUGCGAUAGCCGGUCCAGGCGUCCCACACGGUGGUGCAGCCAAUUCAUCGAGCAAUAACUGCAUGACCACCAACACCGGUGGCAAUAUUGUGAACAAUAUCCACUCGUCCGGCUCGGGAGUACUGAAGGCACAACUGCAAGCAGUCUCUAUGGCGAGCGCAGUUACAGGCGAUAUGGGGGUGGCAGGUGGUACUAGUUUGAUGGGUGUGAGCAUGUUUGCCAACAGUGCUGCUACUACCUCAUCCGCCAGCGGUAUGUCCUCGACGACGCUUUCGACGCACGAUGAUAAACGGGGCUCGAGUCCACCGCCCGCGAAACGCCACAAAGCCGACCGCAAGGAUAUGGUGGACGUUUGCGUUGGGACAUCGGUGGGCACGAUCACUGAACCGGACUGUUUGGGACCGUGUGAACCGGGCACGUCCGUCACGCUGGAAGGUAUCGUGUGGCACGAAACGGAAGGUGGUGUGCUGGUGGUGAACGUUACCUGGCGCGGUAAAACCUACGUCGGAACGCUUAUCGACUGCACCAAGCACGAUUGGGCGCCACCAAGAUUUUGUGACUCACCAACGGAAGAGUUGGACUCGAGGACACCGAAAGGGCGGGGAAAACGUGGCCGCAGCUCCACACUGCUCCCGUCAAACGAUCUAAGCAAUUUCACAGAAACUAGAAGCUCGAUGCACAGUAAGCUAAGAAACGGCGGUUCGAAAGGACGAGGUGGCCGAGGUGGUGUCAUUGAGGCAACUGCAGCUACCAACGUUGGUGGCGUCGGUGGUUCCACUGGAGGCUCGAAGCUUCCGACCCUGACGCCGAGCGCAAACGCACUCGGGCCCAACAACGGCGGUGGUUCUUCAGCGGCCCUGGUCGGAUCCUCGAACACACCUUCCACGUCCCCGGUCGCGUUUCUUCCGCCGCGAGCGGAGAAGCGCAAAUCGAAGGACGAAUCACCGUCACCACUCGGCGCCGGCAGUGGUGGUGGUGGUGGUGGUAACAACGGUGGCCAGGGCGCCACCGGUAACAAUGUGAUAAAUCCCGCGUCUGUAAAUAUGGCCAGUGGUUCUUCCUCCGUCGGGGGUGGUGGCGGGGGCGCUUUUAACAACGGUUCGAAUGUUGGUGGAAGUGACGCAGGAGGAGGUACCGGAGGGGGACAAUCGAAUUCCGGGCUCCAGGUCAAUCCGGGCACGGGGUUGAACGUGCAAGUGGGUGGUGUCGGUGGUUCCGCUGCUAUCGGAGGAGCGUCCGGUGGAGGUGGUGGUGGUUCGGCGUGUAAGAAGGCUAAGAGUAGUACUGCCGCGGCGUGUGCGAUCUCCCCGGUACUGCUGGAAUGUCCGGAGCAGGACUGCAGCAAAAAGUACAAGCACGCCAACGGGCUGAAGUACCAUCAGAGCCAUGCGCAUGCGGGCAGUGCUUCGUCGAUGGACGAGGAUUCACUGCAGGCCCCAGAGUCACCCCAGCGGAUAGCGCCGUCACCAACGACGGGUUCUAACACCGCCACCGCGUCGCCCCUGCCAAUGAGCGGCAGUGGCAUCCCGUCGGCAACAACUUCCACAACCAGCGAGCUUGUGCUAGCCCUAUCCUCUACAUCAUCUUCAGCGCCAUCACCGGCGUCGAUCGCUUCCUCCGGUGGGCAGCUGGUGGCUUCAUCACCGUCACUGUCUGCCGCUACUACUUGCAUUUCAGCGAUGUCUAGUCAAUUGUCACAGCAAAAUUUAGGCUCUAAAUCACAACAGUCCCCCAGCACCACCGGCAGCACUGCCAGCACAAUCAACAACAACAACAACAACAACAACCCUACCAGUGGUAACUCCAACGAAACCGUCGGCACAACACCAAAUUCCGGCAGCAUUUUAUUACAAGCAACCUCCGUCGGUGAAGCACCUUCCGGUGGAGGUUCGACAGGAGCGGCUGCAACUUCCCAGGAGCAACAAGACUCAUCCGGCAGUACUGAUGGUUCAGCCGGGACCGGAGGUGGAUCGACAUCAUUGAAUGACGAUAUAGAUCCGAACGCGAACGCCGCUGUAUCGGGAGCAAAUAGUAGUGUUGUUGGUGCGACGGUCACCAGAUCACCAGCCAACAUCGCAUUGAUGACGAAUCCUGGUACACCCUCUACCCCUGGCGAUGUAACCAAAACACCGCACAGUUACGUGAAGCAAAAGAAAAGCCGCAAAUCGCCCGGUCCGGCGGCUGCGGAUUUUGACUCGAUGGCAUCGUCGGCAGCGAACCGGACGGAAGAUGUGCAGAGCCCGGCGUACAGUGAUAUCAGCGACGAUUCGACGCCCGUGACCGACGCCACCGAUCUGCCCAUGGGAGGAGGUGAAAAAUCCAAAGGAUCUCAUAUUGCGGAAGCUACUAGAAAAUCCAUCGACCCACCAGCGGAACCGGGCAACAGUGGCGUUGUCAACAGCAAUCCUACUCCGGGCGGUCCCUUGGGGCCUAUAGCCAGCUACGGACUGUAUCCUUAUUAUGGCGGAUUGCCGCCGCAUCAGCAACCACCUCCCCCACCACCACCCGGUGGACCGUACUUCCCAUCGGCAGCCGAUCUCGGCCCGAACAAGCCGCCCCCUCCGCCACCGAUCGUUUCGCACGGUGUGCCGCCGCAACCGGCGAAUCUUGGUGCACCCGGUGGGCCACCGUCGAACGUUGGCCCGCUCGAGUACAGUAAAAACAAGGAACCACCGCUGGAUCUUAUGAAUAAACCGAGCAACGCCAAUCAACACCAGCAGCAGCAUCCUCUACACCAACCGCAAGGUCCUCCAUCGUCGUUGCCACCGCCACCAUCGCUUGCAUCGAGUGGGCCACCUCCUCCGACGGACGGUGGACGAGGUGGCGGUGGUCUGAUUAUGAACGCUUCCGGUACGGGCCUCCCGCCACCACACGGUGCAGGGGACGUAAAGGAUGGUUCCAUGUUGAACGCCGGCCCUCCACCACCACCACCGGGUGGCAAAGUUCUGUCUCAUUACUAUCCGUACAGCUACGUACCUCCCGGCUACAACUACCCCGGCCUUGACCCCGGACCGUACGGGCCACUGUCAGUCAUAUCGGACGAAGCAAAGCACAGUCCCGUGGUGAAAGAGGAACGAACGAAAGAGAGCCAAAGUCCUAGCGAGUACAGUAAAUUGGGUGGUUCACCGCUCAUGGCAACAAAGCUGAUAAAAUCAGAAUCUACGAAAGAUAUAAAGACUGAACCAGGCCUAAGCAGUGGUGGUGGCAGCGGGCAUCACGGACCCGGCCUCGGUCACGGAAAAGAUCCUCAGCAAUCCGGGCCGAACCAGCAGCCGCCGCCUCCAUUGCCACCGCAAUCACUCGGACCGUACGGAAGUAUGUUCCAGAGACACGGCCUGGGCGUGGGUCCACCAACCGGUGGGCCACCUCCGUCCCACAUACCUACGUCACGGGAGGACGAUCUACGGAGACUGUUUAGCUACUCGGACCAACGAAGAGGUUCAAUGGGUGGUGGCAAUCCGCCACCACCUGGGCUCCCCGGAGGUCCUCCAGGGCUGCCACCGGGACUCAAUCCGAAGGACGAACCACAUUCACCGCAGCAAUCGUCCGGAUUGCACGGGCAGUCGGUGGUCACCGUGUCGAACCAACCGUCGGGCAAGGGAUCAAAGUCAUCAUCUUCCGGCGGCGGCUCAUCUUCGUCGUCUUCGUCCGGUGGUGGCAGCAGCGGCAAGGGAAUGGGCAAGGGAUCGUCGGACAGAGAUGGCAGUGGGAGCAUAAAGCAAGAGGACAAGGAGAGCUCGCUAAAAAUCAAACAGCAGCAGCAGCAGCAGCAGGAGGGCCAAAAGCCGACGAUGGAAACGCAAGGUCCACCGCCACCACCAACGUCCCAGUACUACUCGCCGUCGCUCUACAUGAGUGCCGCCCCGUUCGGCUUCGAUCCGAACCACCAAAUGUACCGGCAGAUGCUCGUCUCGACCGGACCGUACAAUGCGCCACCGUACCACUUACAAAUACCACGCUUUAACCACCCGCCCGAGGAUCUGUCGCGGAAUCCUAACACAAAGGCGCUCGAUCUGCUGCAGCAUCACGCCAGUCAGUACUACAACUCGCACAAGAUACACGAGCUUAGCGAGCGCGCACUGAAAAGCCCAACCAGCAGCAGCGUUAAAGUAAGCGUAUCAAGUCCCAAUCUCUCGCAGCAACCCGGUUGCCAAAAUCCUAAUCUAUGCAUUCCUCCACCAAACAGUAGUAGCGCAGGAUUGUCUUUACAGCAACAACAGUCGGUUGCUGCCGCGCAGCAGCAGCAGCAACAGCAACAGCAACAGCAGCAGCAGCAGCAACAGCCAUCUAAUGCCGGUAGUGGUAGCGUUGGCAGUGGUAGUGGUGGUGGUGGUGGUGUUGGGGGCGGUGGUGGUGUCGGUGGCGGUAGUGGUGGGGGCGGCGGUGGACCGCCACCAUUGUCGUCGCAGCAGGCCCCCUCGGCGGGCAAUCAUAUGCAAGGAUCGUCAGUCAAUAGCAAUAGUACAAGUGGCGGUGGUAAUGUAAAUAGUAGUAACAACAGUGGUAGUAGCGGCGGUCCGGUUGGUAAUAAUGGUGGCCCUGGCAGCAGUGAUGGGCCGGGCAAGGAACAGCAAUCGUCGGGUGGCAGCGGCGGGUCCGGUCGAAGCGGAGAAGGAGCACGGAGUCCACCUCCACAGCGGCACGUACACACACAUCAUCACACACACGUUGGGCUUGGCUAUCCAAUGUUUCAACCACCGUAUGGAGCGGUUCUCGCGAGUCCUCAAGCGGCAGCCGUUACUGUGCUGAGCCCAUUCCAAACGGGUCCACCGGCGAAGUGAAAGUAGAAACAAUCGCCGUCGUCAUCGGGUUCCCUUCAACAGUCAGCGAGUUGAGCAGUAGAAGCAGCGCAGAUCCUGUGUGGUUCGAUUAUGUUUGAUAAUCGACUUACUCUUACUAUCCUUCAUCCAAACCCGAUGUUGUCAGAUUUUGCAAACGCGGAAAAUGAUUCCUAGAAAGCAGCUAGACACGAAAAAAGGGGCGACGGGUAGUCGUAGCCUGUAGCGUUUGAUUAGUUACAUAGGAUAAAAAAACCGACACGGCGAAAGGAGAUGGCGCUAGGUUACGAUGUUCCUGUGACAGGACACGUGUAAUCACCCUCUCUAUAGAGAUACUAAUAGCACGCGACGAGUCCCUGUGAUUUUCCUGUACGAGUACAAGAAAGCGAACAUACUUUGACUGCUUCUUUUCCCCCUUCGCCUCUAGUUGCAGCCCGCUUGGAUCGGGUGCUUUUCGGAGCACAAAACGGGUUUAAGAUUGAGAUCAAAGUAGACCUGCCCUCCCAACCAGUGUUUUAAUCAAAAAGGAGCGGUAACGGUUUUUUAGAACAAUCCUAGCAACCAUCACACCACGCUUUUAUGUUACCCUUUCGAACCUGUUCGAUGUUGCGCAAAUGCAGCGAAAGCCGAUCGCCGCAGAGGAAUACAACAACAAAAAAAAUGUACAUAUACAUAACAUGCCGCCGGUUGGGUGCCGGCUGCCAAACAUAUCGGCUAGUCGAUCCAUUAUGGUAGCAUUCUAUUGUUUUAUGACUACGAGAAAAGAAACAGACAACCAACAAUUACGAAGCUCAGAUCGGAGGCAUACUUUAAUAAUCGUUCGUUGUUAACGCUAUUUAAGCGAGAAGAGAAAUCAGCGUACAGUGAUCAAAGAUUGGAAAAGUUACAGAUGGAGCUUUCCCAAAUUAGCACCACCGCUUUAAACAGUGGGGUUGGUGCUUUCCGCAAACAACAGAUAAGGAUAGUUUUCCCCGAACUUGGGGAGGAAUGUUUGAAAAGGCAAAUCAAACCAAACCAUUCGGUAGUCGAGUGUGUAAUGCGUGUGUGUGUGCGUGUGUGUGUGUGUGUGUUGAACAUGGUGGUAGUUGUUGUUACUACCGAUAACAUGGGCUCCCUGUUAUACAUAUUUUUGUACAAAACUCUGACGAAACCGCAAUGGUAAAUAUGACAGACGAACGUAGGCAUGUGUCGACAGAAGGAACAAGGUGUGAACAAAAAGAUGAGAGGAAAAAAACAAAAGUACACAAAACAGCAUAUCCUUCCAAUGGGAAGGACAAGUAACGGUAGAAAAUAUACAUAUAUACAGAAAACGAAAAGUAAACCAUGGCCAACGGCAAUUUCCGUGCAUUUUGUUGUACAAUUUUGUAGAAAGUAACUUUAGUGCAAGACCGGCGGAAGGAGGUGGGUUAGCUUUACGCGAAAGUGGAAAAGUAGUGAGUGUUAUGGACUAAGCAUACAAACAAGCAUACAUUUAAUUAUCAGGUGUAAAAAGAAAACCAGAAAAUAAAGCCAACGCGCCCAACGUGCAUUGGUUUUAGUGCGAGGGAAAUAUUAUCGCACAGCCGGAGUAGAUGACCGGAGAGACUAAACCGAUCCAAUCCCGAUGGACGGGGGAAUGCGGAUAAACAUCAACUGUGUAUAUUCAACGUCGAAUUGAAAAUCGAGCGCGCGCGUGUUAAGGAGCCAGAUUGGUUUACAUAUAGCGAAUAAGUGAUAAUUGCA